AUGAGGAAGACAUAUAACAGCCAGAGGAAUUCGCUCUCUGCACGCCCCUGCUAUCUAACUUUUGAGCGCUCCCGCUGGGUGUGCUAUUUACUUUAUGUCAAAGCCCAUCGAUGACCAGGUUGUGGCCACACUCAGGGCAUGGGUUGCACCCCCCGCUUCAUUUUCCGACGUCGUUGAUUGCAACCCCCUCUCCUCUCCUCUCCAGGUCCCCGCAUUACACUCGCACUCCUACUCCCCACCUACGUACUCUGCUGGCUCAGUUGUCCCUUCCAGCAGCGCGCCACACUCCCAGAUCGUCGCUUCCACCCAUUCUGCUACGUCCCACAUCCCAUCCGCUUAUUAUCGUGAACCCACUGCCACCCUCAGCGGCAGUUCUUUAAGCGAUGCCGUUCGUUCUUUUCGUUGUUGGUGGCGCUGGAGCACGCACAAUCAUCCAGGAUCCUCUGUGCCAGGUACCGAGCCCGCCGUCAAGGCACCUUCAUCUUCGCCUUGUGUAGCUGGAGGCAGCGACGGCAAGAUGCUGGAUGUCGGCCACGACAAUCAUUCAGCCAACUCUCGGGCUGCUCCAUUUGCUCCUGGACAUAAGGAGCUUGCUUCCUUGGCUAUCCGCUUCAAAGCAGAGAGAUCUCGGGGCGCGGCGCUUUUGAAACAGAGUGGGUGUCAAAACGACUGUGUGGAUCCAGGGGCAUCUGUUGGCUCGGAAUGUCACUUUGGUACGGGUGGCGCUGACGCAGCUAGCAAAAGGGUUUGUGGGCUUGGUUUCUGAGUUCCAUUCGACCUCUGACCGUUUUUAAAUACAGAGGCCCGAUUACAACGAAGCCGCCCCCAGCCUCUACCCUGCCACUCGUGUAGGCAUGUUUGAUCCAGCGGCCCAUAUACCUUCAAGGGCUUACAC